UGUUACUGCAGCUGUGCUGUAAAUGGCGUCUGCGGUGAGUUAAUGGAGUUUUCAAUGCUGGCGCUUAAACUCUCGCUCAUUAUUCGUGUUUUUUUUAUCAUUAUAUCAGAGUAAGGAUCAGCAAAUAAAAACCGCCUGACGAGACGAUGAGCACGACGUUGUUUUCGUGGUCGGAAAAAAUGCUGCAACUUCUUCGCCGGAUGAACAGCUUUCAUUUACCAGGUUCUAGCUUAGAGAAAUGUUUGGGGUUCAAGGUCGCAGGUCAGCAGGUGGGUUGGAUCCGGCCGGAUGUGGCGUCAGUACUGUGCCGUUACCCCGAAGUGUUCUGUACAGUAGGGGGCGCUAUAGAACUCUGCCCAACGCUGGACUCGUAUGAGCGCAGGACACAGGCGGUGGACAUCGUGCUGCAGACGCUCAGAAAGGAGGCGGAGUUUACGUGUCUAAAGGGGUGGAGAAAUGAGAUGUACGCGGUGAUGCCGAGGUUCUGCGACGCUCCGCUGAUGCACAUGGAGAGAGCAGCGACGAGUCUGUUCGGAGUGAAGCGUUACGGCGUACACAUUAACGGGUUCAGUCGAGAUGGAGAUGGGAAGCUGAGCAUGUGGCUCGGCAGGAGAUCCAGCACUAAACAGACUUAUCCUGGAAAACUGGACAACCUGGCAGCAGGGGGUCUAGCGUCCGGCUGCAGUAUCAAACACACACUGUUGAAAGAGUGUGAGGAGGAAGCGUGCAUCCCUCCAUCCCUGGCGGAGAGAGCGCGACCUGUAGGAACCAUCAGCUACACGUAUGAGGAUGACGAGGGCGUGUUCCCCGAGUGCCAGUUCGUGUUCGAUUUGGAGCUCCCGAGCGAUUUCAAACCUCAGAUCGGAGACGAAGAAGUGCAGGAGUUUUAUUUCUACCCCAUCGAGAAGGUGAAGGAACUGAUCGUAGGUGAGGACUUUAAGCCGAAUUGUGCCAUGGUGGUGCUGGAUUUCCUCAUCAGACACUCCGUCAUAGAACCCGACUCAGAGCCGUAUUAUCAGGAGUUUGUCUCCGGGCUGCACAGAUCGUUCUAGAACAUGGACGACUCUCUCUAACACAACUGCAAGACGUUAACCUCGUACGGCGCGGAACCAAGGCCGAACAAAACUCCAGUACGACGUGACAGAGUUACACAAAGUUUAUUUUCCGUCUGCUUUUGUAUACAAAAGAUCGCUGAUGCGUUGAAAGCUUUUUUUCCAUUUUAGAACGACAAAAUGCAGAAUCCCUACAGAAAUCUCUUGUGUUUUACAGCAUGGCAUUAAACAACUAUGAAAAAAAGAUCGUGAUUGGUUUUUGACUAUAUUAAAAAUUUUUUUUUUUUUUUUUAUAGAAUAAA